GAUUCUGAAGUUCCUGGUGCAUCAGACAAUGGAUGAGCAAUCACAGGGAAUGCAAGGGCCACCUGUUCCUCAGUUCCAACCACAGAAGGCCUUACGACCAGAUAUGGGCUACAAUACAUUAGCCAACUUUCGAAUAGAGAAGAAAAUUGGUCGUGGACAAUUUAGUGAAGUUUAUAGAGCAUCUUGUCUCUUGGAUGGAGUACCAGUAGCUUUAAAAAAAGUACAGAUAUUUGAUUUAAUGGAUGCCAAAGCACGUGCUGAUUGCAUCAAAGAAAUAGAUCUUCUGAAGCAACUCAACCAUCCAAAUGUAAUUAAAUAUUAUGCAUCAUUCAUUGAAGACAAUGAACUAAAUAUAGUUUUGGAAUUAGCAGAUGCUGGUGAUCUAUCCAGAAUGAUAAAGCAUUUUAAGAAGCAGAAGAGGUUGAUUCCGGAAAGAACUGUCUGGAAAUACUUCGUCCAGCUCUGCAGCGCCUUGGAGCAUAUGCAUUCGCGACGCGUCAUGCACAGAGAUAUAAAACCAGCUAAUGUAUUCAUUACAGCCACUGGAGUGGUGAAACUUGGAGAUCUGGGGCUUGGCCGGUUUUUCAGCUCCAAAACCACGGCUGCACAUUCUUUAGUGGGCACACCUUAUUACAUGUCUCCAGAGAGAAUACAUGAAAAUGGGUACAACUUCAAAUCUGACAUCUGGUCUCUUGGCUGUCUACUGUAUGAGAUGGCUGCACUACAGAGCCCGUUCUACGGUGACAAAAUGAAUUUAUACUCCUUGUGUAAGAAGAUAGAGCAGUGUGACUACCCACCCCUCCCUUCAGAUCACUAUUCAGAGGAACUCCGACAGCUAGUUAAUGUGUGCAUCAACCCGGAUCCGGAGAAGCGACCAGACAUCACCUACGUGUACGAUGUGGCAAAGCGGAUGCACGCGUGCACCACGAGCAGCUAAACGCGCAGAAGAUCGCGAUGAGCUUAACCAAGAUAAUUUAAAGUAUUUUUUGUGCAAAUCAUACCUCCCCAUUUCCGUCCGGGUGUUAGGAUUAAUAUUUCAGAGCUGAUGUGCUUUGAAUCCUUAACCAGUUUUUCAGAGAAGCUUCAUUUGUACCAGUGUAGAUAAACCUCCCUCAUGCUCACCCCAGAUGACUUAGGAAGAAUCAAAUCGCAUGCUAGGAGAAUGUAUACUACAUGAUGGUCUUUAACAGCUAAAAGGCUUUUAACAUUACUUGGCUAUUUCUGCUGAUGACAUUGUGUUCAGGUAGCCUCUUGGUGCCAAAUAUGGACCGUGCAGUGUGGCAUACCUCAGAAUAGAAUCAUAGCCUGAGGAAAAGUAUGUGAACAUGUAUGUGAUGGGUGUGCUUUCCCCUUAUGGGCGGUCAUUUGAGAUGGAUGCAGUGGUAAACUAUCAUGAUUUCUUUUCAAAAGUUCGAAGUAUGUGUUUUAGUCCUUCUCAUUGUAGAUUUCUAAUGUAAUUCUUAAGAUAAUGGUAGAUAUAAACUGAGUUUAAAAUUUAAAAAUUCUUAGCUUACACAUUCAGAAUGCAACUGGUAAAUGUGAAAAAGUUUGGGGGCAAAAUGUGAGUCAGACACUGAAGAGCUGCUUGUUUCUGUUGUAAUAUCUUUGGUGUUCCCUUUGCAGUAAAACGGUAUAAAUGAAUCCAUUUAAAAAAUGGUUAAGGAUUUGUUUGGCUGGUCUGAUAGUCAUUUUUUAAAGUUGCACAUUGCCCAAGACUUUUGUGUGUGUGUGUUUUUAUUACUGUUUGUACAUUUGAGAGAAAAAAAAGGAUAUGCCUUUGAGUAAUCUUGCAGUACUAUCAUUUCUUUACAAGUUUAAAUGCAUUUAAAUUCAUAAUUGUACACUAUAGUGUAAGCAUAUGUUUUUAUUCAUAGAUUUUAUUGAAGUUCUGAUUGAUCCCCUUCAGAAAAAUUUUUUAUAUUCUUCAAGUUACUUUCUUAUUUAUAUUGUGUGUCCAAUUUAUCCAUUAAUGUUGCAGAUUUUUUGAGAACAUAAGGCAGUUAUAAAAGACACUUGAUAUACCAAUACCGUUCCAGAAUUGGAAACCUUCUACGGCUUCUUAAAAUGUAGGCCACCCUGUCUGAGUGCACAUUUUGUCUUGUCUGAGAGGAAACAAGGGUGUAUGUGGUGCUGUACCAUGAACGCUGAUACAGUGUCCAUUCACUUGACAAGACUAUAAUAUUAGAAUACAUGUAAAGCAAUAAAAAUUGGUCAUCGCCGGGCCAGGUUUUUUAUGGGAUUGACAUCUCUGUUGAGAAGCAUUUCCGCAAAGUACUGUAGUCAGGCACAAAGAUGGCAGAGACGAAGGCGCUUCCUGUAGUUUGAGGAAGUCGUGGAGACGCAUCAUCAUUCUGAGCCUCUUCAAGUGAGGGGGGGGAGGGGACGAGUUCCUCACAGAAGCCAAAGGCGUGUGGCAGUCACUGUUACAGGAUGCGGUGGCACCAUCCUGGGGGCCAGUUUCCCCAGCAACAGGGAAACCCGUGAUGCCGAUCCCCCUCUCAGGCCAAGAGAACUGCUGAUUUUGGUUUUUUCAGAGAAGUGUUUUCUUUACAAAUCAUUUGAGUACCUUCAAGUCAUUUGCCAUCUUUACAUCUUUGAUAUAAAGGGCCAAAAAGUGUAAAUUCAUCUUUUUUCUUUAUAAUUGUAAUCCCUUAUGGAUAGUUUUUGAAGGGGAUUUUACCCUGGGCGAGGCAAACCUGGCUGGUCCUUUCUCUGAUGGCUGACUGCGUUCUGUUCCCGGCUCUGGGGACACUCGGCCUUUACCUUGAGCAUCACGUGGGUGUCUCCAGGAGUGUGAACACAAUUGUUCCUGGUUUUGUUGACCAUUAGUGUUCAUUUGAAUGUUGUAAAACUGAUUGGGAUGAAAUGUCUUUUCUACAAAGAGGUUCCCUCCUUUUUUCCUGACCGUAUUUUAUAGAUCUAAAAUUCAUUCGCUUAACUACCCCCAAUGCCUUUUAAGCUUUCGUUUUCAUCAGCCUGUCUGCUAGAAGGAAAUAGCUGGGCAGAAUCGCAUGAUCAAAGAAACCCCACAUCAUUUCCUAGACAUAGAAGCGUUUUGUUUGGGAUUUUUAAUGUACGUGUUCAUAGGUUUUUCUGAUAACGAAACCACUGUGUAAAAACCCAGGUUCGAUUUUGAAGAGGAUCAUUGCAAAGAAUUAUGAAGACGACGAGGAGUUGUAAUUUGUGUAAUUACCCAUACAAUAUUCUCUUUAUAUUUCUGUGUAUAAAUAGAUGUUUUCUGGAUUACGUUGAAACGUGUGGACUGAUCUGGCAAACGGUGAAAUGCAAGGUACAACUGAUUCUAAACCUUGCGUUGACAUUGAUACCCGUUACCCAGAGGAAUGCAGGGUGACUUUGCUCCAUACAGGGAGGUUUAGGGACAGUGGAUUCCUAUAGGAUGAAAGUGCUCAGCAAUGUGCGAUGAUUGUCAACCUAAUACGACAGCACAGCUGUUUCAUGACUGCUCUCUGUUCCCCUUGUGUCUAUUGCAAAGCACCUCUCCUGUGGCCAUGUAUCCUUCAGGUGUUGCUGUUAGUACUUACCAUGAUAUUUAUUUUAACCCAAACGUUAUUCACAUUCAAUGUUUAUCCUCUAAGAUGAAUGUAUUAUGUUUGUAAGCCACAAAUGCAUAAUUAUCCUAUGCCUCAUAUUUCAAUAGUACUGUAAUAUGGACGUCUUUGUGAAAUACCUUUAUUUUGUUAUGCUUUAAAUACACAUACUAAAAAGAUUCUGUUACUAGCCUUGAAAAAUUGUACAAUAUCAUAAUAUAAAUAAAAAAUGUAAACAUAUAAAUGACUACAAUAAGUU